UGUCACUGUGCGCCGCCCCCGAUCCAGGUGUUGUCGCUUACUGACGGCGUCGCGAUGGAGUCGAGGGCGGGUAUUUCCAAACAGGACAUUCGUGAACAGAUUUGGGACUACAUGGAAUCACAAAAUUUAGCCGACUUUCCCCGACCUGUUCAUCACAGGAUUCCCAACUUCAAGGGCUCUUAUCUGGCUUGCCAAAAUAUCAAAGACCUAGAUGUGUUUGCCAGAACGCAGGAAGUUAAAGUGGACCCCGAUAAACCGCUGGAAGGCGUUCGGCUGUUGGCACUGCAGAGCAGAAAAACGUUGUUGGUUCCAACACCACGACUGAGAACAGGGUUAUUUAACAGGAUCACACCACCCCCUGGGGCAACUAAAGACAUCCUGAGAAAAUGUGCCACCUCUCAGGGCGUGAGGAACUACAGCACUCCCGUGGGCUUGGACGCCAGGGUUCUCGUGGACUUGGUUGUGGUGGGGUCCGUUGCUGUUUCUGAGAAAGGCUGGAGAAUUGGGAAAGGAGAAGGUUAUGCUGAUCUUGAAUAUGCCAUGAUGGUGUCGAUGGGAGCGGUCGGACAGGGGACGCCAGUGGUUACCAUCGUGCACGACUGCCAGGUCGUCGACAUACCGGAAGCGCUCCUUGAGGAUCACGACCUCACGGUGGACUAUAUUCUCACUCCAACAAGAGUCAUCACCACAGGGUGUGAGCGCCCAAAGCCAACAGGAAUCAUGUGGUCCAAGAUCAGCAAUGAGAUGAUGGGGAAAAUCCCAAUACUCAGAAGCCUUCGCUACCAAGAGCAGCAGGCUGGGAAAGAUGUCACCCUUCAGGAUGAACACCGGCGCCUUCAGGACACCCGCAGCCAGCAGCCAGCUCCCCCGAGCACUGUCAGAAGACCCCGGGACCCAUCCCAGCUGGAGUCAGGUUCCGUGCAAGGGGACCAUGGACCUCCUAACACUGUUUACGUUGGGAACCUCCCCUGGGAUACCCGAGUGAGUGAGCUGAAGAGAGCCCUCAGAGAGCUCGGUGCAGCCCCGCUGCGGCUCACCUGGCAAGGCCCACAGCACAGGGCCUUCCUCCAUUACCAGGACCUGGCCUCAGCCCAGCAGGCCGUCUCCUGCUUGCAGGGCUUGCGCCUGGGCACCAACACCUUGAAGGUGGCACUGGCCAGGCAGCAGAGGGCCAGUGACCCGCCAGGCAGCCGUGCUGGAGAGCCGCACCCUGACCCUGACCCGACCAUCUGACCUGUGACGAUGUCCCGCUCCGGUCCCCUGCAUAGUAGGACGUGACAAAGCUGCUGCUGCGUGAGCUGCUUUGAUGAAGUUCAGUCCUUUUUAGGAAGUCACAGCCUUCAGUUACUGCCCGGGGCUCUCUUGAUGAGUAGGGACUAUUAGUCACGCGCUUCCUACGAUUAGGAGGCUGGAACUCAGUGUAUUCAGGUCUGGUUUGUGGCGGUCCUUCAGCCUGUCGGAUGUUUUAGCUGUGCUGGUUUCUCUGUAGAGACAGCAGCUGAGAGGAUUUAGGAGACUAAGUGAGUGACAAACAAGUGGAAGUAAGUGACGACAGUGUUUUAAGAAAGUUUGAGUCUGGAUUUGAGGGGAGGAGGAGGUUGAGAGACGGUGGACAGAGGUUUUUGCCGGGUGAGGCCCUGGCAGGCAGGGAGGGACCAAAUGCAGAAGCAUAGCAGGGCUAACCAGGAAAGGCCCUUGUGCCGCAGGACCCUUUGGCCUGGCACUAAGGGGGAAAGCUGUAUUCAAAUCGCAGAAGUCAAGUAGUUCAGCCUCCCGGGUACAGCCCGCUUGUCUCAACUCAGUCCUGGUGUCAGAGAUGGAGAGCUGACCCGACACAGAACUUUGGUUCAGUGGUGUCACCCGUCCCCUCCUUGCCUUCCUAACCUUACUCCUUCCUCUGGGUGAACACCCCUUUGCCCUCCACUCCUGGCCAGCCACCCCUGCACAUAGCAGGAAGCGCUGUCUCCUAGGAGAUACUGGCUUCGGAAAGUGAGUCAUCCAGGCCCACAUCACAGACAAAGUCCUGCAAACACUCACACACUCACAUUUGCCCAGUGCCUUAUGUUUUCCAGGUUUUUCUCCUCCACUUCCUUGUUCCUAAAAAACAAGCUGGAUUUUGGCUGAACUGUGCUUUCUGAACAGAAGCGCUUUUGCAACUGAUCCUGGGCAAAAAGUCAAAAUAAGCAUUUAAGUGGAGAUUUUAUUUUUUUCAAAUGUACAUGCGUUGGAAAUUUUGUUUUUUCACCAGAGGGUCUUAACUGGGUGUAUUUUAAGCACAUUACUAUGCCUCAAGAGGGCAGGCCUUGCACAGACUUUCAAAAAAUGUUCUCAAGGCGCUCUGUUUCUCUUUGAAAAAGCAUUUUCUCAUUGGUUUUACAGUGAAAAUACUGAGGAAACUUUGGAAAGAAAAAUCUAUCCUAAACCUUAAA